UUUAGAGAGAGAAACGUUUUAGAGAGAGAAGUUGUUUCUGUUUCUGAGACCUCUUUCUACUCUCCAACAGACCUACGUCUCUCUUUUUCCACUCUGCGAUCCGAUCGAUUCAAUGUUUUAGAGAGAAUUUAGGAUUCUUUGUUCUUUGUUUCUUGCUAGCAGCUGUUAAUUCUUCAAAAAUUUUGAUCGUUUUCUCAUUUUUUCGUUUUCAUUUUGCCCCAUUUUCGGUCGAUCAAGCUACUUCGACCUGAAGUAAACCCUAAUCCCUAAUUUAUGAUGGCUGCUACUAAUUUAUCUGAUGCUAAUUCGGCGACCGCGAGUGCCAAUCAUUCUCCUCGUCAAUCUGCACAAAAUAUCAGCAGUCCUAAAUCGCGUCGGCGCAAUACCUCUUCUUCCCCGUGGACCCUGAUUGUGCGCGGUGAGUUGGACUCAAUCGCUGUUCCGUCGUCUCCUUCUGCUGUUGUUGAACCUGUAUCCUUUUCUUCUUCUUCUCCUUUGCCUUCUGCCGUGGUUGAGCCGGUAUGUGAGAGUCUGGAUGGUGGCAAUGGGUCGGCCAGCAACGUGGGAAAGAAGCCGGCGUGGAACAAGCUCUCUAAUGGAACUGUGGCGGUCGAGUCUGGGCCUGUCAUGGGGGCUGUGUCUUGGCCCGCACUAUCGGAUUCGGCUAAAACCCCAACUAAAACGUCUUCGGACUCUCUCAAAAGUUUAGCUGAUGGAUCCGCCGGGCAGGGGGCUGGAACUCCAUCGUCCUCAUCAAACAAAGAAGGAAAUAAUGAUGUUGUGAGCCCUACCUAUGAUUCAACUCUUACUCAUCCAACGACCUCACGCCAGAAAUCAAUGAGGCGUAAUGGGUUUGGAAAUUCACAUAAUAGUGGCCUCCCCCAACAGUCUGCACUUUCAAGUCCGGUAAUUGAUACAACUCCUAAUAAUGCUUCCAAAGAUCAGACACAGAGAACUACAUUUGCAUCACAAUCACAUAAUGAUCAUGGUCAUCAACAAGCACGCAAUUCAUUUAGUAGGAGCCGUGGUGGUGGUUCACAUCCACGUGGCGAUAAUUCCCAUUAUCAUAAUCAUGGUGGUAGGCGUGAUCAUGACCGUGGAAAUCAAGACUGGAAUUCUAAUAGAAAUUUCAAUGCUCAGCCGCAUAGAGUUGUCCAUAGGCUUAUGAGGCCUCCUCCACCCCCAAAUACUGCUCCCUUUAUUCCUCCUCCACCAAUGAGGCCUCUUGGGGGUCCCAUACCUUUCUCGGAUUUUGCACCUCCAAUGGUAUAUGUUGGUCUUCCUCCUCCUCCUCCAGAAGCUCUCAGAGGUGUACCUUUUGUCACUCCAAUACCACCAAAUGCAAUGUUUUUUCCUGCCUUAGACCCUCAGUUACCUGCUAUGAUAGUGAAACAGAUAGAUUAUUAUUUCAGUGGUGAGAAUUUAAUAAAAGAUACUUUCUUAAGGCAGAACAUGAAUGAACAUGGAUGGGUUCCCAUUAGACUAAUAGCAAGCUUCAAGAAGGUUUCAUGUUUGACUGACAAUAUCCAACUUAUAUUGGAUUCGUUGCAAUCAUCCACAGUUGUGGAAACAAAGGGAGACAAAGUAAGAAGGCGUAAUGAUUAUGAUAGAUGGAUAAUACGACCUCCUGCCCAAGGUCCUAAUGUCGCAGGCCCUCCAAGUCCAGGAAGUUUCAAUCAAGAUAUGCUGGCAGCUGGUGUUCAAGUUAUUUCGCUAGAGAAUAAUCACAGUAGCACUGAAGGUGGUCAAGGUGAUGCUCAUGUUGAGGCACUCCAUAGUUGUAGGCCACAUGAAAAUUUGAGUACGCAGAUGCAGCCAUAUGGUGAUGAUGGUACAGGCCAAGUAAAUAUCAAGACUGGUUCAGAUCAUUCCUCUUCUGAAAGAAGUUAGACCAAGUUUGUGCUGAACCCAUAUCCUUUUGGAUGGAAAAUUAGACGUGUGUGUGUUGUAGAGACCAAGUGAGGAGAUGUUAAUGACACGGUUCGGUUGGGGGCAUUCUUCUUGCUCGACGAAAAUUCUCUUCUCGUGAUGCAAGUAUACUGGUAAACUGGAGUUGAAGAAGAGGAACAUACUCAAGAAAAAGGAAAAAAAAAAAAACACAUAAAACUAAAAAACUAAAACACAAGUUACUUUUGUGGUGGAGGAGAGGGAUGCAUUUUAUGGUUUUGUGGGUUACUGUUGGCUGGCUUGUUUCUUAAAUUUAUAUUCAUUUUUGGGUUUUGGUUUUUGGUUUUCGGUAAUUAUGGUAUAUGUACUUAAGGUGGGGAAUUUUGAUUUGUUUCUCCAUUGGGGCUGCCCCUCAGCUGGUUUUUUGAUAUCUUUGGGGUCAGAAAAAUUCCGAGUUCUGAGACGAGAGAAGACGACGAUUCUGCAAAGGAACUCGAAGGCUGGCUUUUGUUCAGAAUGAUGGUAAAUCUAGAGAGGUUGGCUUUUGGUUGGAUUUUGUGGAGGCUGGGCUACAACCGCUGUCUUGUCUUGAAGUGAAGGUUCUUUCCAUCUUUCUUAUUCUUGAGACUCACCCAGGCGUUUUCUCCAUAAAUAUCUUUCUACUUUAAAUGCGAUAUUAGGAACUUCUGAAGAUUCGACUGUUCUGAACAUCCUUUUCCAAUUGAUAUUAUUUUGCUCGAAAUGUCUUUUCAUUUUAUUUAUAUGUUUGGAACAGUAGUUGGAAAUUAGGAAUUUUCAAUUCGAUUAUUACAGUGCUGCAAUUAUUCCCUAAUUUUGUGGGUUCGUUCAUUCCUCGAA